CCUAUAAAUCGGGCCAUUGCCAGAUUGAAUUUCUCGAGUGACGAGAGAGCACGAGAGAGAGAGAGAGCAUCGACCUGUUUCUCAAAGUUACAGAUCUGAGCUGGUGUUUACAUCAGUCCUCUCGUAGACCUCUCUCUUGUUCACUAUGGCGCCUACACUGUCCACGGCGUUUGCUCGCCGCUGGUGGAUGGCGGUGACGGCCAUCAUUGAGAACCUGCUGUUCUCUGCUGUACUGCUAGGCUGGGGCUCCCUUCUCAUCAUGCUCAAAUCUGAAGGCUUCUACUCCUAUCUCUGCACAGAUCAUACUAACAGUACCACUUUCAACAUCUCUACAAAAGCAGUGGCUCCACCAGCAGCAGUUGAGGAAGACUACAUUUAUGAGGACUUUCCACAUGGCAAUGAGGUAGAGAUAGUUCCUCUGAAGCCAGUGGAUGAGCCUCUGCAUUUGAAUGGCUGGCUGAUCUGUAAAGAGCAGGAUGAAAUGCUAAAUCUUGCUUUCACCGUCGGCUCAUUCCUCCUCAGUGCCAUCGCUCUUCCUCUUGGCAUUGUCAUGGACAAAUAUGGGCCACGCAAACUCCGUCUGACUGGCAGUGCCUGCUUUGGCUUGUCCUGCCUGCUUAUUGCCUACGGAGCCAGCAACCCCAAAGAACUUUCUGUACUCAUCUUUAUCGCAUUGAUUUUUAAUGGCUUUGGAGGAAUGUGCAUGACGUUCACUUCCCUCACACUACCCAACAUGUUUGGAGACCUGCGUUCCACCUUUAUUUCACUCAUGAUCGGCUCGUAUGCGUCCUCAGCUGUCACUUUUCCUGGAGUUAAGGUGAUCUAUGACUUGGGAGUGAACUUCAUCACUAUCCUGGUAGUGUGGGCGGUGUGUGCUGGCCUCGUCUUCCUCAACUGUUUCCUAAACUGGCCUCUUGAAUCCUUCCCUGGCCCUGAAGACAUGGACUACACUGUGAAGAUCAAGUUUAGCUGGUUGGGUUUUGACCACAAGAUCACUGGAAAGGAGUUUUAUAAGCAGGUGACAACAGUGGGCAAACGAUUAAGUACAAAUAACUCUCCCACACAGAAGGAGCUGGCUAACACUGAAGGUCACAAACUCUGCCUCUCCACCAUGGACCUGGAGGUGCAGUGUGAGCCUAAAGAUGAAUCUCAGUCUUUCAUGCAGAGCAUCUUCAGCCCCCUGUUCCUGCUCAGCCUGGUUACAAUGUGUGUCACUCAGCUGCGUCUGAUCUUCUACAUGGGAGCCAUGAACAGCAUCUUGGAGUCCAUGAGCCAUGGAGACCUUGAUACAGUUGAGAGAAUGGAGUUGGUGAGUCUGUACUCCUCUAUUUUUGGUGUGAUGCAACUGCUGUGCCUCUUGACCACUCCAGUCAUUGGUCAGAUCAUGGACUGGAAGCUGAAGGACUGUGAUGAUGAAACUGACAUGAAAGAUGCCAGCAAAGAUGAGCCACAGCCCAAGCGAAGAGACAGAAAAAUCCAAAAGAUAACCAAUGCCACAAGAGCCUUUGCCUUAACUAACUUCAUCCUUGUCGGUUUUGGCAUCACUUGUCUUAUCCCUAUUCUUCAACUGCAGAUGCUGUCUUUUGUUCUGCAUACCAUUGUCAGAGGUUUUAUCCACUCCGCUGUUGGAGGACUUUAUGCUGCUGUCUACCCAUCUUCUCAGUUUGGAACCCUGACAGGGAUGCAGUCUCUGAUUAGUGCCCUUUUUGCCCUGCUCCAGCAACCUCUUUUUAUGGCUAUGAUGGGGCCACUGGAGGGAAAUCCACUCUGGGUGGAUGUGGGUCUCCUCGUCCUCAGUAUGUUUGGUUUCCUGUUGCCCCUUUACCUGCUGUGUUUCCGCAAAAACCUUCACCAAAAGAGGAAAGAGAAAGAAAACGAAGCCAAGAUCUACAUCAAAAUCAAUGGCAGUGACAAGACGGAAGCCUUUGUCUAGACCCAGGCCAGACCCAAAAACUGAAGCAAGGAUAUACAGAGACAGAGAGAAUGUGUGUAAUUUUUAUUAUGACACACGCAUUCACAUACACUUCUUGCUUAGAGGUUCAGUGAACUAAUAAUGCUGUCUUGGAAACUGCUAUAUCAUCACUGUGAACUCAUGCUUACAACAACAACAAAAAAGAAAGACAAAAAAACAAGUGGAAUUAGUGAGGAGUUGUGUGUUAAACUGUAUAUUAUCAAUGUGAACUCAUGCUUACAACAACAACAAAAAAGAAAGACAAAAAACAAGUGGAAUUAUUGAGGAGUUGUGUGUUAAACUGUAUAUUAACUCUUCUCACUGUGAUGUGUGGAGAAAAAAAAAACAUUUGCACAUUCACGUUCUGCUGGCUAACUCUUGGUGGCUUACCGAUGUGCUGUGCAAAAAAACACCAAUAAGAAUGGUAAUGAGAAUUUUGGUAAUAAGAAUUUUAUAUUUGUAUGAGUUUAUAAAGAUACAUUAAACAAGCUGGUCCAUAUGAGUUGGUUGAAUGAAUUGUGAAUAUUAGUGACUACAUUUCUGUGCCACUUCCUCAAUUAGAAAUUCAAUAACAGCAACAAUCAAUCAGGAAGUGCAUAUUAAACCCAGUAAGAGCCCUCCUGCUAUAGUAUUUGGAUGGACUUAAAAAUCCUGACCUGUGUCACUCCCUAGAGGCAAAAGUGGGAAAGGCUAAACUAUAAAUUCAGCUAGUGUUCUGUAUUCUUCUGCUGCACACCACUUCAUGGAGGCAGUAUUUAACCAAAAUCAAACACAUUUCUGCCUGGUUAUAGAGAUUAUGACAGGUACAGUAACUUAAGAGGUGCUAUGGAACAUCUACCUGUCAGGGAUUUUAUUUAUUUACAAUGAAGCAUGUCAUCAAAUCCAUAAUAUAUUGGAUUAUUAUUGUUAUUAUUAUUAUUAUUUAAAAUAAAAUUAAAUAAUGUAAUACAGAGAAGCAUAAGCCGUGCACAUAGUUAUUCAUAAUUUCAUAAACUUAUGCAUAUAUUGUAGGUUUCUAUACAUUCACACAUUAUAGUGUAUACUAUAUACUGUAAUUAUAUAAAGGUGGCUUUAGUUUUUCACACAGAUUGUAACUGGAGAGAAUGUUUGCUACUUUGGUCCACCUUUUAUUGGGAACUACAGCACUUUUAUUUUAUACAUAUCUUUUAAAUCCCCACAUUCCCCUGCAGCUGUUCCUUCUGAAUUGUUGGAAUUCUGUUGAUAUCUUAUGGACUGUAUUCUUUUAUUGUCAGACAGAGAUCACAAAUAAUGUGUCCUUUAAAAAGUACAAAGAUUUGGGAGAAAAAUGCAUAAUGUUGAAAUGCUCUGAACUGUGUAUUUAUUUGCUCUAUUUCUUAAACUUUAUAUACAAGCAACGUGCUUUUUAGCUUGAUAACCAGCUAGCAAACUAUUUUCUGUUUUUUUUUUUUGUUUGUUUUUUUUUUUGAGGAAUUGAUAUUAAGGAAUAAUGUCAAAUAAAAUGUGACUUUCCUCAUUA